CCACGAGAACGCUUGACUUCUUUAGUUACCACCAAAACUUCUAUAACUUACUUUACUAUAUAUUACUACGAUAUAUGGUACACAGUUUAAAGUGAUUUUUCUAUUUCGGUUAUGAUCUAGCUUUAUUUUUUCAGUAUCAUGUCACACUACUGGUUGAUCAUCGUCCUGUCAUGUCUCGGUUCCGCCAGGCUCCAAUACAUCAACACAGGCGGACCAGCAGCCAACAACAUUCUCGAUCCUCUCAAUCCAGCUCUGCACUAUCCACUACCCUACUCCAACUUUUUAAAUUUUGCGCCUCCUGUAAGCGACAGUGAACGAUAUCAAAGUCAAACUAAUCUCGACAAUGAACAAUUCUAUCCUGGUGAGGAUAGAGAACAACGUUCAGUGUCUCACAGGGAGAGGCACUAUGCGCAAAUGGAAACGAACGAGCAACAGCGACAAUGGCCGCCGAACUACGGCAACGUCGACCAAAUGGUCCACAUCAAGAACGAUGAACAAGCGACUCCAUACUUAAUACAGAGAUAUGAGGGAAUAUCGGGUACAAUGGACAACAACUCUACCGACCUAAAUGCUAUUGACAUCGAUAAGAAGAGUUUCAGCCCCUGGGGAGGGAAGAGAGACAGACCCAGAUUCGAACAAAACAAUAUGUGGACAUGGAAACGUGCUGCCAAUAUGCGAGAGCCCACCAUGCCUAAACGUGUCCGCUUUAGCCCAUGGGGAGGCAAGCGAAGCGGUCAACUAAUAUACAAACCCGGCACUAAGGGGUCGAAAAUAAUAUUUUCGAAUUCGAUCCCAGAGUUAACACGGAUUAUUUCGAAUUACUCACCAAAUGGACACCGAUUCAAUUUGGCCGGAUUCCAGUUAAUUCCUACUCUUGACAAGCGACAUCCCAUCAGAGUUCUUGCAAUGAGUACAAGAUUAGAAGACAGAAUCACCAGAGAGGCAAUGCCAUUCAAUGAAUUUAUAGAAUCAUCAAAAAUGUAUAAAGCGGGCCAUCCAUAUGUAGAUGUCAACUUGAAAAAAGAUGGUAAAAGGAAGGUUAAGUUCAGUGCUUGGGGCGGAAAGAGAUCGCCUCCGAUUAUUGGACCAAUCUGGACGCCGCCAUCUCAAAUCAUCAAGGACAACACUUUAGAUGCAAUUCUUUUGAUCAGAAAUAAUCAACCUGGUACCGAUAAAACGACAAACGCACUGUAAAAGGGAUUUUUCGAAUGUAGCAGUUUCAGUAAUUCCCGAACUUUAUUAUACCUAUAUAUGUAAUGGGUCUAUUUAAUUACAAGAAUUAUAUAUUCUUAAAUUAUUGUAAUUUAAAUGUAUUUAUAGUGCCAUAUUUUAAUUAUAACAAAGUUAUAGGUGUAGUAUGAAGAGAUUAUAAGUUCGGGAGUUACACAUGUCUCUGGCGAAGUAGGCUGGGUUCGUCAAAGACAUAAAUAAAGUGAGAUUUGCACUAAGUCAGUAUUGUUGUUAGGCUAUAAUGUUAUACUUAUUAGUUGUG